AUGGACGACUACGGCUUCGGAGUCCUGGUGAAGAAUAACGGCAGUGGCAACAAAUCUGCUUUCCCCGUGAGGAUCCCCCCUCACCUCCAACCCCAGCCCUCCCACCUCAACCACCCCCCCAGCCCCCCCUCAUUCAUCAACAGCACCUCGGCCACCAAUGGAGGAGGUAGCGCCUGGCUGUUCCCCUCCGUAGCACCCCACAGUAACAUGCAGGAUGAGAUCCUUGACUCCGACAAGGCCAAAGCCCUGGACCUGCAGGAGAAGGCCCAGGCCCAGCCGCAGGCCCUCUCCCCUGGGCAGCAAGAUGCCGGAGGUGGCCUAGGGGAGCUAGAUGGGACCCUACCCGAGGACGGCUCCAUGGAGAAGGGCUCGUUGGAGAGCAGUGGUGGGAAGGAGAAGCUUAGGGGUGGGAUGGACUCUCCUCCGGUGCUGGGGGGGUUUGACUACCAGGACAACCUGGGGAUGGGGAUGUCUGGAGCCCAGUCCACCACCACCACUUCCUCCCUGACCUCCUUCAACAACUGGUCCCCGACCGUACCCUCCAACCCCUCCCCUGUGGUCAGUGAGGACGUUGGGGGUGGGUUCUUCGGCCCGGCUGGUUCCAACGGUAACGGACCCCCGAUGCUGUUCCAGAACUUCUCCCACCACACGGGGCCCGGCUUCGGAGGGGCGGGGGGCAGCUUCUCCCCCCAGAUCGGCCCUGUCUCCCAGCACCACCCUUCUCCCCACCCCCACCACUACCACCCCCACAACCAGGGGGUCCCCCCUCAGCACCGCCGCUCCCCAGCCUCCCCCCACCCUCCCCAGCCCUCCUUCCCUCCUCACCCCCACCGCUCUGGAGCUUUCACCCAGCUGCCCCACCUGGCCCCGGCCCAGUCCAAGCCCCCCUCCCCUUGGGGCAGCUACCAGAGCCCUGCCCCCUCCACACCCACCUCCACCUCCUGGAGCCCUGGGGGAGGGGGGUACGGUGGCUGGGGAGGGUCACAGGGGGUCCGAGAGUACCGCAGGGGCCUCAACGGAGGGGUGACGGCCCUCAACUCCAUCUCACCACUAAAGAAGUCUUUCCCCAACAACCAGGUACUCUUCUAGCUAGAUAUACUGCACACUCACAUCUAACAUGCUGGUACUGUGCCAGCUAGAUAUACUGCACUGUGCGUGCUAGAUAUACUGCGCACCUCCUGUCGAACAAGCUGGCACUGUGCUAGCUAGAUAUACUGCGCACCUCCCGUCGAACAAGCUGGCACUGUUCUAGCUAGAUAUACUGUGCACUUCCCGUCGAACAAGCUGGCACUGUACUAGCUAGAUAUACUGUGCACUUCCCGUCGAACAAGCUGGCACUGUACUAGCUAGAUAUACUGCACACUCACAUCUAACAUGCUGGUACUGUGCCAGCUAGAUAUACUGCACUGUGCGUGCUAGAUAUACUGCGCACCUCCUGUCGAACAAGUUGGCACUGUGCUAGCUAGAUAUACUGCGCACCUCCCGUCGAACAAGCUGGCACUGUACUAGCUAGAUAUACUGUGCACUUCCCGUCGAACAAGCUGGCAAUGUACUAGAUAUACUGCGCACCUCCCGUCAAACAAGCUGGCACUGUGCGUGCUAGAUAUACUGUGCACCUCCCGUCGAACAAGUUGGCACUGUACUAGCUAAAUAUACUGCGCACCUCCCGUCGAACAACCUGGCACUGUACUAGCUAGAUAUACUGCGCACCUCCCGUCAAACAAGUUGGCACUGUACUAGCUAGAUAUACUGCACACCUCCCGUCAAACAAGCUGGCACUGUGCUAGCUAGAUAUACUGCACACCUCCCGUCAAACAAGCUGGCACUGUACUAGCUAGAUAUACUGCACACCUCCCGUCAAACAAGCUGGCACUGUACUAGCUAGAUAUACUGCACACCUCCCGUCAAACAAGCUGGCACUGUGCGUGCUAGAUAUACUGCACACCUCCCGUCAAACAAGCUGGCACUGUACUAGCUAGAUAUACUGCACACCUCCCGUCAAACAAGCUGGCACUGUGCGUGCUAGAUAUACUGCACACCUCCCGUCAAACAAGCUGGCACUGUGCUAGCUAGAUAUACUGCACACCUCCCGUCAAACAAGCUGGCACUGUACUAGCUAGAUAUACUGCACACCUCCCGUCAAACAAGCUGGCACUGUACUAGCUAGAUAUACUGCACACCUCCCGUCAAACAAGCUGGCACUGUACUAGCUAGAUAUACUGCACACCUCCCGUCAAACAAGUUGGCACUGUACUAGCUGGAUAUACUGCACACCUCCCGUCAAACUAGCCGGCACUGUGCGUGCUAGAUAUACUGCACACCUCCCGUCAAACAAGCUGGCACUGUGCGUGCUAGAUAUACUGCGCACAUCAUACCUGCCAAGACUGGAUGUCCCAAAGGCUUCAGACUGAUGAGUAGCUUAACCAUAAUCAUAUAAUGGCCUACAAUUAACUAGUCAAUGAUUUUCUUUCAUUUCAAUGUUUUGCCAAACUCAUUGUGCUUGAUUUAGUUGGUUAUAAUAUCAUUUAUUCACGCCUACAGGCUGUAAUCCAGCUAAUGCUGUUGUCUAUUGAGCCUUAAUAGAAAGUGUCUGUCAUGCACUUCAAUGGUACAAUCACAUGGUACUAUCCCACAUGUACUACAUGGUACAGUCCUAUAUCAUAUUUUCCUGUCUUCCAGAUUCCCUCUCAGAAGUAUCUUCGUAACAACUCUGGGUUCAACCACAAGGCUUGGAUGGAGGACAGCAUGAGUCGCACUGACAACUUCCCUUUCCAG